UUCGGCGUGUGUCGUCGAUGUUCACAGCUGCAGAACAGGUGGCCGCGAAGUCCGUUUUUGGCGGCACGUGGUCGUCAGAACUGGCAGGCGUCCGGUUCGUCGUAGACUCGCAUAGUACAGUGGGCAUAGACAACAGUAUACCCGUCAAGAUAUUAGACACGGGAGUCGGCACGAAAUCAAACGGUUUCCUCAACAAAGGUUGGAUGGCCAAGGCCAACGCGCAGUACGGACCCCUAGGUCCGGUCUCGUUAUCAGUCAUAAACAGGGCGGAUAAGAACGUCGCCGUGUUUAUCGGAUUUGUUAACUCUCAAAACAAGAGAGAUGUUGUUAUUGGUAUGUGGUCCAUGGGAAGAAACUGUAAAAAUAAUUUGGACACUCAUCAGUCAGUGUUUAACAUACCGGAUGUUCUGUAUAAAGAUAGCAAGGAACAAGGUGAUUAAAAAUUACAACAAUAUGUAUUUUGUUAGUUCCUGUGACAUUACUUUAUAAGUGUCAGUUUUUAUAAAUACAAUCUUGAGAUCUUUUCAUUUUAAUAAUUAUACAU